AGCGCACUGGAGUGUAGAUCGGGGAAAGGGAAGGGGAGUGUCGGAAGCGACAAUAGCUAGUAUAUAAACACAUAUUUAAAAAGCACGUUGAAUAGCAAGCCACGGUGGUCACUGGGAAACCGCCAUCGGACAGGUUCCGGUCACCAUUGGGUGCCAGGAGAGUCUUGGUGGCGUUUCAGACUGGUGUUCCUUCUUACAAAGCGGCGUGCCGGGGGAGGACGCGUCUCUUUGAAUAGACAGGAUGCACGGACCGCCUUCCAGCGACAGCGCAUGCCCAUUGCGCCUCAUCAAGAGAGUGCAAUUCGGCGUCCUCAGCCCAGAUGAACUUAAACGGAUGUCCGUUACCGAAGGGGGCAUCAAGUACCCUGAGACCACAGAAGGAGGACGCCCCAAACUGGGGGGACUCAUGGACCCCCGGCAAGGGGUUAUUGAAAGAUCAGGCAGAUGCCAGACAUGUGCAGGUAACAUGACUGAGUGCCCUGGUCAUUUUGGCCACAUUGAGCUGGCCAAGCCGGUCUUUCACGUUGGCUUCAUCACAAAGAUCAUGAAGGUCCUCCGCUGUGUGUGUUUCUUCUGUUCAAAGCUGCUUGUGGAUGCGAACAAUCCAAAAAUCAAAGACAUCCUGACCAAGUCUAAGGGGCAGCCUCGUAAGCGUCUGACCCACGUCUAUGACCUCUGUAAAGGCAAAAACAUUUGUGAGGGUGGAGAGGAGAUGGACAACAAGUUUGGAGUUGAGCAGCCUGAGUCAGAGGACAUCACCAAAGAGAAGGGUCAUGGAGGCUGUGGCAGGUACCAACCACGCAUCCGUCGCUCUGGCCUGGAGUUGUAUGCUGAAUGGAAGCAUGUGAAUGAAGACUCUCAGGAGAAAAAGAUUCUCCUUAGCCCUGAACGUGUGCAUGAGAUCUUCAAGCGCAUUGCAGAUGAAGAGGACAUAAUCCUGGGCAUGGACCCCAAAUACGCCCGUCCUGAGUGGAUGAUUGUCACAGUGUUGCCUGUUCCCCCUCUAGCAGUCAGACCGGCUGUGGUCAUGCAGGGCUCCGCUAGAAACCAGGAUGAUUUAACACACAAGUUGGCUGACAUCGUGAAGAUCAAUAACCAGCUGAAGCGAAAUGAGCAGAGUGGAGCAGCAGCUCAUGUUAUAGCAGAGGAUGUCAAGCUGCUUCAGUUUCACGUAGCCACCAUGGUGGACAAUGAACUGCCAGGUCUACCUAGGGCAAUGCAAAAGUCUGGUCGACCACUAAAGUCCAUCAAGCAAAGGCUAAAAGGUAAAGAAGGACGUGUCAGAGGUAAUUUGAUGGGGAAGCGUGUGGACUUCUCUGCCCGAACUGUCAUCACGCCUGAUCCUAACCUGCAGAUCGACCAGGUGGGAGUUCCCCGUUCUAUUGCAGCAAACAUGACCUUCCCUGAGAUCGUCACACCCUUUAACAUUGACAGACUUCAAGAGCUUGUGAGGAGAGGUAACAGUCAGUACCCUGGAGCCAAAUAUAUCAUCCGGGACAACGGGGACAGAAUUGACCUCCGAUUCCACCCUAAACCAAGUGACCUUCAUCUUCAGAUAGGAUACAAAGUCGAGAGGCACAUGUGUGAUGGAGACAUCAUUGUGUUCAACAGACAGCCUACGCUACAUAAAAUGUCUAUGAUGGGCCAUAGAGUUCGAAUCUUGCCUUGGUCAACAUUUCGACUCAACCUCAGUGUGACGACCCCAUACAAUGCUGAUUUUGACGGCGACGAAAUGAACCUGCACUUGCCACAGUCUCUUGAGACCCGUGCUGAGAUCCAGGAGCUGGCCAUGGUGCCUCGUAUGAUUGUCACACCACAGUCCAACAGACCUGUCAUGGGUAUUGUGCAGGACACACUGACAGCUGUGCGCAAGUUCACCAAGAGAGAUGUCUUCUUAGAAAGGGGUGAGGUGAUGAAUCUCCUCAUGUUUCUUUCCACAUGGGAUGGCAAAGUGCCCCAACCAGCCAUCUUGAAGCCUCGUCCUCUCUGGACGGGAAAACAGAUCUUCAGCUUGAUCAUCCCUGGCCACAUUAAUGCCAUCCGCACACACAGCACUCAUCCUGAUGAAGAGGACAGUGGCCCUUACAAGAACAUCUCCCCGGGAGACACAAAGGUAAUUGUGGAGAACGGUGAGCUGAUCAUGGGUAUCCUGUGUAAGAAAUCUCUGGGAACCUCAGCUGGAUCACUUGUCCAUAUCUCAUACCUUGAGAUGGGCCAUGACAUUACAAGACUCUUCUAUUCCAACAUCCAGACUGUCGUUAACAACUGGCUCCUCAUUGAAGGUCACUCUAUUGGUAUUGGAGACUCCAUUGCUGAUAAGGCGACAUAUCAGGACAUUCAGAACACUAUCAAGAAAGCCAAACAGGAUGUGAUAGAGGUCAUUGAAAAAGCCCACAACAAUGAGUUGGAGCCUACCCCAGGUAACACUUUGAGACAGACCUUUGAGAACCAGGUCAAUCGCAUUCUGAAUGAUGCUCGAGACAAAACUGGAUCCUCUGCCCAGAAGUCCCUGUCAGAGUACAACAACUUCAAAUCCAUGGUGGUGGCUGGUUCAAAAGGGUCCAAAAUUAACAUUUCUCAGGUUAUUGCUGUGGUGGGUCAGCAGAACGUUGAGGGUAAGCGAAUUCCCUUUGGAUUUAAACAUCGCACACUCCCUCACUUCAUCAAAGACGACUACGGUCCUGAGAGUAGAGGCUUUGUGGAGAACUCUUAUCUGGCCGGUCUCACACCAACUGAGUUUUUCUUUCACGCCAUGGGAGGCAGAGAAGGUCUGAUUGAUACAGCUGUCAAAACUGCCGAGACAGGUUAUAUUCAGCGUCGUCUGAUCAAGUCUAUGGAGUCUGUAAUGGUGAAGUACGAUGCAACAGUCAGAAACUCCAUUAACCAGGUUGUCCAGCUGAGGUAUGGAGAGGAUGGGCUUGCAGGAGAGGCUGUGGAGUUUCAAAAUAUGGCCACUCUUAAGCCAUCCCACAAAGCCUUUGAGAAGAAGUUCAAGUUUGACUACGCCAAUGAACGAGCUCUCCGCCGCACUCUUCAGGAAGAUGUGGUGAAAGAUGUGAUGACCAAUGCUCAUGUCCAGAGUUCUCUAGAGAGAGAGUUUGAGAAGAUGAGGGAAGACCGAGAGAUCUUGAGGGCCAUUUUCCCCACAGGAGACAGCAAGGUGGUCCUACCGUGUAAUCUGGCCAGAAUGAUCUGGAAUGCUCAGAAGAUUUUCCGCAUUAACCCUCGGGCACCAACUGAUCUCAACCCAGCACGGGUUGUGGAAGGCGUUAAGGAGUUGAGUAAGAAGCUGGUGAUUGUAAAUGGCGAUGACCAGUUAAGCAGGCAAGCCCAGGAGAACGCCACUCUGCUUUUCAACAUCCAUCUGCGCUCAACCCUCUGUUCCAAACGGAUGACUGAGGAAUUCCGUCUUAGCACAGAGGCCUUUGAUUGGCUGCUGGGAGAGAUUGAGACCAAAUUUAACCAAUCCAUUGCUCACCCAGGUGAGAUGGUAGGUGCUCUGGCUGCCCAGUCCCUGGGAGAGCCUGCUACUCAGAUGACCCUGAACACAUUCCACUACGCCGGUGUGUCCGCCAAAAAUGUCACUCUCGGUGUGCCUCGUCUCAAAGAGCUUAUCAACAUCUCCAAGCGACCCAAGACCCCCUCCCUGACUGUCUUUCUACUGGGCCAAGCAGCCCGUGAUGCAGAGAGGGCCAAAGAUAUCCUGUGUCGGUUGGAGCACACAACCCUGCGCAAGGUCACUGCCAACACAGCCAUUUAUUAUGACCCCAACCCUCAGAACACUGUGGUGACUGAGGAUCAAGAGUGGGUUAACGUCUACUAUGAGAUGCCUGACUUCGAUGUGACCCGAAUUUCACCCUGGCUGUUGCGUAUUGAACUUGACCGCAAACACAUGACUGACCGUAAGCUGACUAUGGAGCAAAUUGCAGAAAAGAUCAAUGCAGGAUUUGGUGACGACUUGAACUGCAUCUUCAAUGAUGACAAUGCUGAGAAACUGGUAUUGCGAAUUCGCAUCAUGAACAGCGACGAGAACAAGUUCCAAGAGGAUGAGGAGGUUGUGGAUAAGAUGGAUGAUGAUGUCUUCCUUCGAUGCAUUGAAUCCAACAUGCUGACAGACAUGACCCUGCAAGGCAUUGAGCAGAUCAGCAAGGUGUACAUGCAUCUUCCCCAGACGGACAACAAAAAGAAAAUCAUCAUCACAGAAGAUGGAGAGUUUAAAGCUCUGCAGGAGUGGAUCCUGGAAACAGAUGGAGUCAGUCUCAUGAGGGUCCUUAGUGAAAAGGAUGUGGACCCUGUUCGGACCACCUCCAACGACAUUGUGGAGAUUUUCACUGUUCUUGGUAUUGAGGCAGUGCGUAAGGCUCUGGAAAGAGAGUUGUACCAUGUCAUCUCUUUUGAUGGUUCUUACGUUAACUACCGCCAUCUUGCCUUGCUUUGUGACACAAUGACCUGCAGGGGUCACUUGAUGGCUAUCACUCGUCACGGUAUCAAUAGGCAGGACACUGGACCACUAAUGAAGUGCUCUUUUGAGGAGACGGUGGACGUGUUGAUGGAAGCCUCUUCCCAUGGUGAAUCUGAUCCAAUGAAAGGAGUAUCUGAAAACAUCAUGCUCGGUCAACUGGCUCCUGCAGGCACUGGUUGCUUUGACCUGCUGUUGGAUGCUGAGAAGUGCAAGUAUGGCAUGGAGAUCCCCACUAACAUUCCUGGAAUUAGUGUUGCAGGACCCACGGGCAUGUUCUUUGGCUCUGCUCCCAGCCCGAUGAGUGGCAUGUCUCCUGCCAUGACCCCUUGGAAUACAGGAGCUACUCCUGCAUAUGGUGCCUGGUCUCCCAGUGUUGGAAGUGGAAUGACACCUGGAGCUGCAGGCUUUUCUCCAAGUGCUGCAUCAGAUGCCAGUGGCUUCUCACCUGGGUAUUCUCCUGCCUGGUCCCCUACUCCUGGCUCUCCAGGAUCACCUGGACCAGCUAGCCCAUAUAUCCCAUCACCAGGAGCCUUGUCUCCCAACUACUCUCCAACCUCUCCUGCUUAUGAGCCUCGUUCUCCUGGUGGUGGAUACACCCCACAGAGCCCUGGCUAUUCUCCAACUUCUCCAUCUUACUCUCCAACUUCACCAUCUUAUUCUCCCACCAGCCCGAACUACAGCCCAACAUCUCCGUCCUACUCUCCCACAUCACCUUCCUAUUCUCCAACAUCGCCGUCUUAUUCUCCAACAUCUCCAAGCUACUCUCCGACUUCACCUUCUUAUUCUCCGACUUCACCAUCCUAUUCCCCAACUUCACCAUCCUAUUCACCAACAUCCCCUAGCUAUAGCCCAACAUCCCCUAGCUACAGCCCAACAUCACCAAGUUACAGCCCCACAUCUCCAUCUUAUUCACCUACCUCUCCAUCUUAUUCCCCAACCUCCCCAUCUUACUCUCCCACCUCCCCAAGCUACUCUCCAACCUCCCCAUCCUAUUCCCCGACAUCUCCAAGCUACAGUCCCACUUCACCCAACUACACACCCACCUCCCCCAGUUACUCCCCAACCUCUCCAUCUUACAGCCCUACCUCACCUUCCUACUCCCCCACCUCUCCCAAUUACACACCCACCAGCCCCAACUAUUCCCCCACUUCUCCUUCAUACUCUCCCACUUCUCCAUCCUACUCUCCAUCUAGUCCUCGCUACACCCCACAGUCUCCCACCUACACCCCAAGCUCACCCUCCUACAGCCCAAGCUCUCCAUCCUAUUCCCCUACGUCUCCAAAAUACACACCCACCUCUCCCUCCUACAGUCCCAGCUCUCCAGAGUAUACACCAACAUCCCCCAAAUAUUCCCCUACUUCUCCAAAGUACUCUCCUACGUCGCCCAAAUACAGUCCCACCUCUCCAACUUACUCCCCAACUACACCCAAGUACAGCCCCACUUCCCCAACCUAUUCUCCAACCUCUCCCACCUACACCCCAACCAGUCCCAAAUACUCCCCCACCUCUCCAACUUACUCUCCAACUUCGCCGAAAUACUCUCCCACUUCCCCCACCUACUCUCCCACUAGUCCCAAGGGCUCCACUUACAGCCCCACUUCCCCAGGCUACAGCCCCACCUCUCCAACCUACAGCCCUGCCAUCAGUCCAGAUGACAGUGAUGAAGAGAACAACUAAAGAUGGUUUGUGCCAGGCUUUGUCUGACUUCCCUGAUUGGCAGUCUGACCCUGAGAUAAAGACUGAAGGAAAGCCAUCCAGCUGUGAUUUACGGGGAAGGCUGAGGAACCUGGGGUCCCAUCCUCUUGAUUUCUCUUUUGGACUUCUUGAACUGUUCUUAAUUAGCCUCACUAAACAGGCUUCAGUGGUUGCAUAUGAUAUUUCAGAGGUUUGAACUAUAAGCCAAACAAGGCUGCCUUUGUACAGACCGUUUGGUCACCAAGGUGAGAGAGAACCAAUAACUCAACAUUGGUGGAAAGAUGCAGGUGACUAACUGCUUUUGAGGAAAAAGAUCACUUGUAAUCCUCUUUCCAUGCAUCAUUUCUAUCUCUCUUCUCUAAAAUUCAGUGUUGGAUGUAAAGGAAAUCUAAGAAGUAUUGCCAAAAGCCUUCAAACAGAAAACAGUGGAUUGUAUCUAAAAAGUUUCAAAUGAAACCUUGAAAAAAAAUCUCUAUAACGUAAAUAGAAAGGGGGGGGGGGGGGACUGACCCUUUACACAUUUUACAGCUUUGUUUCUUUAUUGUAAAUAAGCGCUUGUUCGUGGUUUUGAUCAUUUUCCAGAUCAGAACUGAGAACUCUUUAAAUAUUUUUGUUUUUUUUUUCUGUCUAAAUGAGUUCUUGCGUAAAAUAAUUUCUGAAGAAACUGAUGGUCAGAAGUGGCUGUCUGUUAGAAACAUGUUGAAGCUGACACACAUUGUGCAGAUUUAAAAUGUCUUGUUAUACUGUAGUCUAAAUAUGUAUGCCGGCCUAUGGCAUGGGUAAAAGUGUUGUGUAGUGAUUGCCCUCUCCUGUAGGAAGUGAAGAGAGAGAAAACGGAUGCUUCAUUAUGAGGCAUCAACUUCCUAUUCCGAUGUCCCCAAAAGAUGCAAGCCUUAUCCUUCACCAGCAUCUGCCCAGUAAUUUACUAUUUCAAUAACAGCAAAAACAAACGUUAGUGGUCUUGUACCUCUGCGCACGUAGUGUGAAGUGGUUAUUUUUUUGCUUUUAGUUUUCUUUUAUCCCAAACGGAGUUGGAGCACUGCAUCAAUAUCCCCAAGCAACCAUGUUAACCUUUUUAAACCACCUCGGUUCAAAUCUUAUGAGACCUUCUUUGUCCUCAGCACUCAGCCCUUUACUAUGAAAAGUAUAUAAUGUUUCUUUUCCUGAUAUUUAUUCGUAAUGUGUGAAUUACUGAGGAAAAGCAUUUAUUUGACACUAUUUUUCUUGUGCUGGCUUACUUGUUGUCAGGUCAGCUUAGCUUUUUUUGGAUUAAGUGCUUGAGUGGGGAAAAAAGGUGCAGUUUGGUUUGUUUCCUUUUUAAAUCCGCACUGUUUCAUAUCUUGUGUAAUUGUGCCCUAAAACCUUUGUGGUUCUUCGUUAACCCAAAUGUCAUCAUUAUGCUUGAACAGUAGAGGGCGACAGAGAUUGAUUUGACUCGGGAGUUUAGAUCUUUUUGAGUGUUUCUUUUUAAAGCAAGCGGCAUCUGUGGUUUACUUAACUCGCACUUCCGUCUGUAUGCUGGUAGUUGCAGGAGGUUUUGCUGAUUCACUUGUAAAUGACUUUGCUCUUGCAUAUUUCAGCUUUAGUUUUAAGGCCUUAGAUUGCAUUAGGGAGAGCAGCUCUGACCGUGUCUCUUUAAUGCCCCUGUUUGCCUUCAGUUUAAUGGAUGAUUCAUACCAGUCCAGUUAAUGCUCUGUACCCAGGCUACCAGUAAGAGUGUGAGCGUGUGUGUGUGUGUGUGUUUGCGUGCGUGUGUGCAUGAGGGUAUAAAUGGAAAAGACAGGGUUUUCUUGAGUUUGAGUAAUAACUGGGUCAGGAUUAUGGGGAAAGGAGAAUUUAAAUUAAGAGAAAUUGCCACUGUAUAGAAAUCAAUCUGAUUACUUCAUUCUCUGUAUCUAUGUUUUGUUUGUUUUUGACUUGGAAAAAUAAAAAAAGUUUGACUAAA